ACGUACUAACACACUUGUAUAUAAGGUCUGAUUGCAUAUUAAUUGUUGUCGUAAUAGAGUUUUAAAAAGAGAGUAAUAUAGGGAGUGAUAUAGAAGUUUGCUAUCAAUUUUUCUUCUCUCGUGGCUCCGACGCUCCUUUCUUUCUCGGAGGCGACAGCUCGAACUCGAAUCCCUCAUCCAGCCUGGCGCUGGCGUCGCCGGUCGCCGCCGCUCGAUUGCCUCCGCCUGAAUAUCCCUUGCCCCAUAAGGCCUGACCUUGAAAGCCUCGCCUCUUGAUCCCGGCGGCGGCGGAGGGGAGGGCGAUGCCGAAGCGGACGACACACACCUACUCGAGCGAGGACGCACUGCCGGAGGGCCCCGAGUCCGACCUUUUCGUAUACUACUGCAAGCACUGCGCCUCACAUGUCCUCAUCACCGAUACCCAAUUGCAGAAAAUGCCCAAGCGAAAGACUGACAGAGCACAUGUUUUAGACAAGGCUAAGCAUCUUUCAAGGCUAAAUGUUAAGGAGGCAGGAAAAGUAAUGUUGAAACGUGGUGAAGGAAAGCUUGAAAAGCAGUUUCGCAUGAGCUGUGUGGGAUGUGACCUUUUUGUUUGUUACCGAUCAGAAGAGGAUCUGGAGGUUGCCCCUUUCAUAUACGUUAUUGACGGAGCACUGAGUUCAGUUGCUGCUGAGACAAAUCCACAUGAUGCUCCUGUACCUCCUUGCAUCACACAACUGGAAGGUGGACUUGUCCAAGUAGCCAUUGAAGUGGAAGACCGGGCACAACGUUCAGCAAUAACAAGAGUGAAUGCUGAUGACGUUCGAGUAACGGUAGCUGCCCUUGCUGCUCGAGGGGAAGCUAACAGUGAGUUGCUAGAAUUUAUGGGCAAGGUUCUUGGCCUAAGACUGACUCAGAUGACCCUUCAAAGAGGAUGGAAUAACAAAUCUAAGCUUCUAAUUGUUGAGGAUUUGUCUGCACGGCAAGUGUAUGAGAAGCUCCUAGAAGCUGUACAACCUUAGGCACCCGAGCGAUGGAGCAAUGUGGUAUGCAGUAUGCGUCUGGAUAUUCUCUUUCGAGGGCAUAGGAGAAGGUUUCCAUCUAUAUUGUGCAACAAGUGGAGCAGAACGUGUCGAGACGAGGUCGAAACAUGGCUCAAAUGUAUAACUAGACCAUAGCAGUAUCCGGUUCAUUGUUUCUGUCGUGACUCAGAUAUUGUAUCCUGUGGUCUCAAGGGAGGUGGUUUUGUGAUUUCCACAUUCUGAUCCAGACUGUUUUUGUGGCCACGACGCGUGCUCGUGUUAUUUAUUUGCAAAAUAAAUAGAUAUAUAUAAAAUUAAA